AUGCCAAGAGUGUUUCAUUUUUUAAAGAUGUACACUAUUUUAGUCUUUUUUAGUACAUUUUUUGAAUACAUAAUGUAUGCUUGUUUCUCUGUUUCUAGUUACAGCAUCAGCCCCCUCAGUCUUUCCUCUUAUUCCCUGCUGUGGCAAUGUUGACUUUGAGAACUCAGUGACAAUGGGCUGCUUGGUGACUGGCUACAUGGCAGAUCCAUUAGAAAUUCAAUGGAAUGAUGGUAGUAUUACAACUGGGAUCAAGACUAUGGGGCCUGUGCUCAGUGCAGCUGAUGGACUUUACACCUUGAGCAGCCAGCUUACCAUCUUAGCCUCAGAAUGGAAGAACACAACAUACAGAUGUAAAGUAGUGCACAAUUCUACCAAUACAAAACAGGAGAAGUCUUUAAAAGUGUUACCCUGUAUAGAGCCUCAUGUCCAGAUAUUUCUGCAGCCACCAUGCAUGAGUGACGUGGCUCCUGAUACAAAACCUCAGAAAAUAAAUGCUACAUUGGAUCUUGUGUGUAUAAUUAAGAACUUCUACCAUGAGCAAAUUAAACUUAAGUGGCUGAUGAAUGGGAAACAAGAUUUAAGUGCAGAAGCAUCAGUGCCAAACCCUAUAAAGACAGAGGACGGUACCUACAGUGCCAGCAGCCAACUGCGUAUUCUAAAAGGGAUGUGGAACAAGGGCAUGCAGUACUCCUGUGUUGUCACUCAUCCUUCCUCUAAUACAACUACCAUAGCAAAUAUCACCAAGUGCACAGAAGAAUGCUAUGACAACCUCCAAGUGCAUCCUCUCCCACCCACCUUUCAUGACCUUUACUUUAGUCGGAUUGCUAAGAUUACCUGCCUUGUGAGCAGCAUGAAAACCACAGAAAACUUUAACAUUGCUUGGGAAAGAGAGAAAGAGGGAAAACUAGAGUUUGUCACUGAGGAUCCUGUUCUCCAUGACAAUGGGACCUAUAGCGUUGUCAGUGUCCUAAGUGUUUGUGCUGAGGAUUGGGAAAGUAGGGAAAAGUUCUCAUGCACUGUAAGAAGCCAGGAUUUGCCAUCACCAGUUAAGAAAACAAUCUUCAAACAGAAUGAAGGAACUCCAAAAGCUCCAGAUGUCUAUUUACUUCCACCAUCCCCUCAAGAAAUUUUACAGCAGGAGGUGGCUACAAUUACCUGUUAUAUCAAAGGCUUUUACCCCAAAGAAAUCUUCGUACAAUGGAUGCAAGGAAGUGCAAGCAUCAGUGAAGACAAAUUUGUAAAUACUGUUGCUAUGAAGAAUGAUGACGAGCAAACAUACUUUUUAUAUAGCAAGCUGACCAUCCCAGCAGCCCACUGGAAUCAAGGAAAUACAUACACCUGCAUUGUUGGGCAUGAAGCUCUACCCCUGUACAUCACACAGCAAAGCAUUGAUAAGUCAAGCGUAUUUCUGCGGGGAAAUGAGUGCAUAGAAGAGAUGGAAAACAACUGGUUUACAGCUACUGUCUUCAUGGUCCUAUUCAUUCUAAGUCUCUUUUAUAAUGUGACUAUCACAGCGUUCAAGGUUAAGGAAUGACCGGGAUUGAGAUGAUCAAAGUAAUGCACUAAACUUCACCUGAAAGAAAACUUCAGCUAAAUGGACAGAUUUCAGCAUCCCCAAAAAUACUAUAUGUAGGAAGGUGUUGGAUAGCAUUGUUAUGCUAUUACAUUAUCAGGAACAUCAUGAAAAACCAUUUCGUAGAGAAGGGAAUGUAAACUGACAGUUACACUGCAUUGAUUUAUGUCAGGUACUCAAUAAAUAUGUUCUAUAACUAUAUAUUCAUUUCCAAAAUAUUCCAAUGAAAUAACCAUUUUCUUGUAAUUUAGAUGCAAAUAAAGAAUAAACAAUUUUUUUUUAUUAA